AUGCCCCAUCUAGAAGUCAAAGUCGGUCCCGACUACAAGCACAUGGAGCCAUGCAGGGUUAAUGACAUCAGCAGACCCCAUGAGAUCGAUACAGAUUACUUUGUUGGCAGGGUGGUCGUCCGGAUCCUCGAUGCUCCUGGCGCCAAGGAGGGAGAGGACGGAAGAGAGUACUUUCGAGACCGCUCUCGUAGGUUCUGCAUUCAGAUCGAAGGUCGCUUCAAGCAGCGGUAUACUGGAGACGAUGUCCACUUUGGUACUGACUUUGAUCGCUUCAUGGAUUUUCCACGAGCGCCCUUCAACGCUGGUAUGCGAGUCGCUCGCUACAUUGAUCCCUGCACCUUCUACGAAGAGAAGCCUCCAUCUGGAAGGCCAUACAUCAUGUCUCCAUACUGUGCUUGUAUGAACGUACUCUGCGCCUGGCCCGCACCCUCUCGCGCCCAUGAUGCAGUGGUUGUGCUACGGCAUACGGACAAGAGCGGCACUCCUACGGGAGGCAGUCAGGGAGGACAUUCGAUCACUCCCACGGUGUCCAAUCCUGAAAAAGGUGGCGACGGGCAUUCAGCGCUACUAGCCGGGCAAGACGACGAUGAUGAGACCCAAGAUAUUGUGCCCCGAGAAGGUCUGAGCAGGAACGCUAGCGUCAGCCGCCAGUCCACCGCGGACGCCAAGCCGGCCAAGAAGAAGGGAUGGCUCAGUGGCGUUGGCAAUGCCUUUGGCGGCGGAGCAGCGAAGGAAGAGAGGGUCUUGAAGAAGUACUGGCGUUUCGUCGGGUUCAAGGACGAGCCACGCGUAAGAGCUCUACUGGAAGCUCACCACGCCAAGUUAGAGCAUCAUCGGCGCUUGCCUCAGGAACUGCGCAAGCCUGAGCGCACAGACUCAGCCAUGAGCACCGAGAGUGGCACUCACGCUGGUGAUGUACAGCAUGGCAUUGCCUCUGAUCAUCCUACUUUGAAAAGACUUGGAACGAACUUCAGGGGCAAGCUGUCGAACAUGCGCUGGGAUGACCCUGAGACACCACCUCAAGGAGCCGUCGGCGAGCAGAGCCAAGAUGGUGAUGUCAGUCCUCUGGCCGAUGACGAGGCUGCUGUUAAACACGAUUACUUCGUGACGGCUCCCGAGGCUACUGGACAAGAUAUCUUGGAGUCUCCUGAAAGAAGAGCGGUAUCGCCAGCCCCACUCGAAGUGGACAGUGCAACUAGCACUAGGGACGACACGAGGUCGUCGCCUCCCUCCGCUGCCAUGCCUCCGCUACAGCGCAUCACCACUCAGGUUCGUACGGAAGCCCAGAAGGCUGCAGCCUCCGACGGCCUGAAAAGUGAUGACUUCCGGCUGGCUGAUGACCUGAACCGCAAGGCUCGGCUGAGCUCCGACAGCCACUCGAAGUGGUCCAGCAAGCUGGACGAUCAACUUGGUCCUUGGCGCUUUAGCGAACCAGGUACCGACAUGGUGGAGGACAAUGCUUUCAUCUUCACUACCCACUCCCUGUCGGUUCCCAAGCGCCGCAAGUAUUUCACUUCGGAGGAGAACCGCAAGAACUUCGAGUACGACCCCGACAUCGUCUACGGAGCCUCCUUCUUCACCGACGCCUUUGACUUCAAUACACUCAGUCUCUCGCUCGGACCAGUCAAGCUUGGCCUGACCAAGUUCUUUGGUCCUAAUGGAAUGCCCAUCAGGUACACGUUGCGACAUCGCAAUGAAGAGCCAAGCUUUGUGACCGUCUCUUUCCAGCUGGUAGAUUGA